AGUGUUAUAGUAGCAGCCAGACUUAGUUCACAGACACAGUCAAACACUCAUGUCAGCAGCAUCUACUCGGUUGGGACACAUUCAACCCGGUGUUUUCACACUUCUUUCUGUGGCUCAAGCCCACUCGUUUUUUUUAUUAUGCGAGUUGUUAGUUGAGCUGAACCGAAAAUCGUGUUUUUUUCCCUUCACGUUUGUUGUGGAAAGGAGAGCGUUUACUUCCAAGGAGCGACUUCAGUGCCAAACUCAGCAGCAAUGAACAAGAACGGGAUUGUGACCGAAAUCCACACGAAGAUAAGAAAAGAGCCGUUCUCUGCCAUUUACGAGCUGGUGGGCAAAGAACUGGGCAGGGGAAAAUUUGCUGUGGUGAAGAAAUGCACUGAGAAGGCAACGGGAAAGCAGUAUGCUGCCAAGUUUCUGCGAAAGAGACGAAAGGGAGCAGACUGCCGCAUGGACAUCUUCAACGAGAUAGCAGUGCUGGAGCUGGCCAAGGCCAACCCAUAUGUGGUGGGACUGCACGAGGUCUACGAAACCAACUCCGAAAUUAUCCUGAUUCUGGAAUGUGCUGCAGGUGGGGAGAUCUUUGACCAGUGCGUGGCUGAUAACGACGAAGCCUUCACAGAGAAAGAUGUGAUACGACUAGCCAAGCAGAUCCUGAAUGGAGUCGCCUUCCUGCAUCGAAACAAUGUUGUCCAUCUGGAUUUGAAACCCCAGAACAUCUUGUUGACCAGUGCCAAACCCCUGGGGGAUAUUCGUAUUGUGGACUUUGGCUUGUCCAGAAGGAUGGACAAGAUCGCAGAGGUCAGGGAGAUUCUGGGUACCCCAGAAUAUGUGGCACCAGAAAUCCUGAACUAUGAACCCAUCAGCAUUGCUACGGACAUGUGGAGUAUUGGGGUCCUGAUCUACGUCAUGCUGACGGGCGAGUCUCCAUUUCUGGGUGAUGACAAGCAGGAGACAUUCCUCAACAUUUCCCAAGUCAAUGUAGAUUAUUCGCAGGACACGUUUGAAGGGAUUUCCUCCCUGGCAGUUGACUUUAUCAAGUCCUUAUUGGUGAAAACCCCCAGGAAGAGAGCCACGGCAGAAGAAUGUCUCAAUCACCCCUGGCUGAACCCCCACUCCCCCUCCCACCCGCACCUCCACGCGAUGUCGGCCUCCUCGCUCGACGAGCCCGAGAUGAGCCAGUCGGAAUCGGAGCCCGAGAGCCCGGCUCCUUCCCCGGAGCUGGCCUUUGAAUCAUUCCUCAUAUGCCCGGUUCAGGGCGAGCUGAAGACGGGCCGCCACACCUUCUCCUUCAGCGAGCCUCCUUUCCGCACGCGGUCCGAAAUAAAGCAGGAGCUGAUAUGCUGACCCAAGUUUCACUUGCGGUGAGAGACAAGAUGGAUCCAAACUGAACGGAGCAGAGGCUGAGGAGCCAGUGAGCCUGCAGCUUCAGGGGCCGUGCUCUGCAGCUGCUUUACGCCUGGCUGCCUUUACUGCUGUGAUGUCUUUGAGCUGAGCUUUUUGUGGCUUCAUACCUCUGCCUGUUUUUGUGUGACUGUGCUUUUGAACGGAUUUGGAAAAACUGCGCAGCAGGAGAAGCAUUUGAGGACAGACAAAGCAGGAAAAAAAGUGGGAGAUGGCACACGAGGACCUUGUUGCACGACUGCACUGCUGCCUUAAGAGUGACAGAACUGAACUGGGCUGCACACUGUCCCCUGCACUGGUUUCUUUUUACCUAUCCAGCCUCUUGGACUGGGUUGCAGUUCUUUCGUUCUUCACACAUCAGAAUAAUUUAUCUCUCUGUUGACUUGUAAAUACUUUCUCUGUAAUACUUUGAAGACGGUAAAGAACUGAAACCUGGUUCUAUUUUUAAAAAAAAAGGAAAUGCAACAGAGGGCAGCACCUAUGCUGAAGCCAGACAUUAAAUGUUGUUUUUUUUAUGUUUAUUUAUGUUUGACUCAUCUUGCCUCAGCCCCUUAAUAUUCAAGCCACAUAAAUGCCUGAGAUUAAGGCUGAUAUAGUAGCAUUCUUAUUUUUUAAGACAAUCUUGAGCACUUUUUUAUUUUGUUUGUUGAAUUAAAGGCUCAUGAAGCAUAAUCCACUGUUGCACAGUGUACUGUACAAAUAAACUGUUUUUCAUCCCUAUGUUUUUGCCACGUGACCUGAAUAUAAUGUGCCAUGUUUUUUGGGGGGUUUUGUCAGCCACUCUUGUUAAAUUCAGUUCAACCUUAUAUUUUGGGCUUUUGCACAGGUUGCACAAGAUGUUUUGUACCCCCAUGGAAGGUUGCUUCUAGAUUCAUGCUUUUUGUCCAAGAAAGAGGAAACCGUAGAAGUCUGAGAGCCUCCGACUGAUUAUUUAAUUUGUUAUAUAUAUAUAAAAAAAACUUAACACAAUCUGUAUUUGUAUAAAUAUCUGAUUCCUGCCUUCAGAUUUUUUGGGAGCAGAGAAAUCAGAAAGCAUUUCUCAAAACUAAGAAAGUACUAAAAUGUAUAUUGUGAGCUAUGAGAAUUAAUCUGAAAAAGAAAAACAAUUUUCUACCAGUUGUCAACGUUUAGCAUCAAUAUUCCUUUUUCUACAGUAACUUAGAUUCAUUCCUGUUUUCCUUUUUGAAUUUCAGAAAGGUUUGUACUUGUCCUUGUGGACAUCAUGUUAAUAUAAAUACAUGUUUGUUUAUGGCAUGCAUUGCAAAAUGUACUAAGAAAAAAAGAAAAUACAUGUGCUUUUGUAUCAAA